GAGAGCAGACAGGCGGCCAUCAUGAAUCAGCGAGAGCAGAUGGAGCAGCGGGGGCAGUGGAGGAUCACUGUGUGGGAAGAGGAAAACUUCCAGGGCAAGCGCUGUGAGUUCAUGCUGGAGUGCCCAAACAUUCUGGACAGGGAUUUCCAAAAGAUUCGCUCUAUCAAGGUGGACAACGGCCCCUGGGUGGGUUAUGAGUACCCAGAGUAUCAGGGUCAGCAGUUCAUCCUGGAGAAGGGAGAUUAUCCCCGCUAUCAGGCCUGGAGCGGAAACAGCAGCUACCGCACUGAGCACCUGCUUUCCUUCAGACCCAUCAAAUGUGCUAACCACAGUGACAGUAAAAUUACCCUGUAUGAGUGUGAGGACAUGAUGGGACGCAAGUUUGAGAUGUGCGAUGACUACCCCUCUCUUCAAGGCAUGGGCUGGUGCAGUAAGGAGGUUCCUUCUAUGAAAGUCAACUCUGGAGCCUGGGUGGGCUACCAGUUUCCAGGUUACCGUGGAUACCAGUAUAUCUUUGAGAGAGACAGACGUCAGGGAGAAUUCAGGAACUAUAAUGAGUACGGCACCCAGGCCCACAGCAAUCAGAUCCAAUCAAUCCGCAGAAUUCAGCACUAAGUCCGCCC